AUGACCUUGGAGGGCGUUAAGCGCCUCGUCGUGAGUGAGCUGAAGGCGGCGAUGGAGGUCGGGGUCGAGGUGUACGACAGUCACGCGGACGAGACUUUCACCUGCCACGCCAGGCUGACCCUGGCGUCGGCCGACAGCAGAGCCGUCGAGAAGCUGCUGAAUUUGGCCCCGGUGCCAUCCACUCACGCUUGCCCGCUGUGCUGGGUGGCCGGCUUCUCUGCCAGCCCAAACCGCAAGCGCCUCUAUGCCCAGUUCUGGAAGCUGCUGCCUCUCCACCACCGCCUGCGGGCGCAGACGUGCUCAGCUGUCAAGCGCAGCCCAGAUGACGAACCCUCACCCAGCGAUCUGCCGCCCCGCAUGCGUACCGCCGAGGAGCGCGUGCGCGGCGCCCGAGAGCCUCUUGAUGGCAACCUCACCCAGGGCGACAUGGACGCACCACCUUUGGGCCUGCCCGCCGACCUCUGGGCUGAAGCAUUCGGCAGCGACAGCAGCUGCAGCAGCGAGGACGCCAGCGACGAGGGCGAGCCCGACGCCAUUGAUGAGAAUACAGACACCGACACGGGCAGCGGCAGCACGGCGGCCAGCAGUGACAGCAGCGCGGAGGGGCUGGCGGAUGACUCAGCUGGUGCACACCCUUGCGCUUUGCAGGCCUUGCUGCCCGACCCCAACAACAGCGUCGCCAUAGACUCGAUGCAUAUGAUAUCUGGGAUCAUCAAGGACCUCAUCAAGAGCCUCUUGGGGCUGCGUUGGGCUCUUGUGGAGGACUAUGAGCAGCACGUCAACGGCCGCACAUUCAACAGCGGCAACGGCCUGGAUUUCCAGCUCAGCACCGACGACAUCAAGAGGAUGGAGCGCGUACUGGCACAGCUGGCACACGCUCUGCCGACCGGCAAGGGCGGCCAGCGCUUUCGCCACUUGCUGCGCAUCAACCGCAAGAAGAACAUGGCAGACUUUCAUCGUCUGGCUGGGCCACUGGGUGUGUACCUGCUGGCGCACGCCUUUGACAUGUCAGCCCCGUGCCGCGAUGCUGCCAUCGGCCUGCUCAUCGCCUGCGGGCUGGUGACCGCCAAGGAUUUCACGCGCAAGCAGCUGGCCACCACGACGCGCCGCGUGCUGGAGGCCUUGUGCCGGGUGGAGAAGAACUUUCCGGCCUCAGAACUCGACAUGAAGCUUCACCUUCUGGCUCACGCCCCCCAGCAGAUCAUCACUGCUGGCACCAUGGUCACCACUGCCCUCUGGAAAGCCGAGAGCUUGUGGGGCACGCUGGUGCGCAUGAUUGGCAACCAGGCUCAUCCAGAGCAAGACAUUCUGCACAAGGUCACCGAUCUUGAGUCGGUCAACUACCUGCAUGUCAUUGACCCCGACGCCACCGGCCACGCGCGACGCGGUGCCCGCCCAGUGCGCCUCACUUCGAAGCCGCCGAAGCCCCUGCGGCUGCCCGGCCGCACCGCCACGCUGGUUGAUCGUGACGUGACACCCGGCAUGGGAGCGCGCGCUGGUGUCCUCAGCUGGCCACAGCAGUUUGACAUCCACAACGCGCUGACCUGGUAUGGCGUGGAGCGCUACGGGCAGCUGUGGGAGCUGUUUAUGCCGGAGUUCUGGGACUGGUGCAAGGCAAACGACAAGAAGACCUUCAAGAAGCUGGGAGGGUCGCGGCGGAACGUCAGAAUCCCCCCAGCUGCGUUUGUGGUGGCUGCCACCCGGUGGAAGGCCUGGGUCCACACGCGCACAGAGCAGCGGCUCUGCAGCAGCGAGGACGCUGAGCUGGUGUCCAUGCCGCACGAUUGCCGCACGUUCGAAAGCGUGACCAUUGGCCACGUCACAUUUUGGUCAAAGGCAGCUGCUGCGCGCGGGCACGGCCGCUGCUCCUGGGUAGUGCUGCCACGCGAGGACGGCGAUCAGGAGGCUGGCGCCGGCUCCGAGCGCGCACGCAUGGUGUUUGGCGAGAUUCAGAGCAUUAUCGAGCAUACGACUUUCGCACUGCACGGUGCAGAGGAGCGCGCGAUUUGGCUCAAUGUGAAGUGGGUGGCUGCACGCCGUGGGGGUGCUGGGUACGACCGCGAGCUGCACGCCCCGCGCAUCGACCAGUCUGACUGCACGGGCGCCGGCCUGCCCCCUUCCACAUACUUUCCUGCCGCGCGCGUGAUCCCCAUGCACAUCAUGGUGCUGCCGCACCCCCGCCGGCACGUCACCUCGCGGGUGGUCCUGGACCCCAGCCGUGACUUCUAUUUUAUGGAGCAGGCGGGAUGGCACGGGCCCCCCGGGCUGUAG